CGACAUCUGGUAAACUAACAGGUUGCUGGUUUUCAAACCUUCUGGUUCAAGGUUUGUGUAUAUCAGACUACAAACAAAUGGAUGUAUUGCAAUCCCUUACAAAUUUCAGCGGAAAGCUUUAUGGGGAAAUGUUGGAAGAAAACCAGAGUCAUUUUGAGAAUACUUUUCUCUCUCCUUUUAAUAUAUAUACUGCCCUGGGAAUGAUCCUUUCCGGCAGUGAAAUGAAUACAAAAACGGAGAUAAUGAAAAUGAUGCACUUAUCUACUUGUUUGGAACAUCAUACAAUUCACCAUGGAAUCAGUGGACUUCUGUUUAACUGUGCAGAACGUGGUGAAGGUGUUGAGAUAAUGUUUGGGAAUGGAUUGUUUACAGCAGAAGAUGUGGAUGUUAAAAAAGAUUACGAAAAUACUCUUAAGAGUUAUUACAACGCACAAACAGAAUCUGUGACAUUUCAGACGGAUCCGGAAGGUGCUGGAAAACGAAUAAACCACUGGGUUGGUGAACUGACCAAAGGGAAAAUUCGUGAACUUUUUUCGCCUGGAUCGCUGUCAACCGACACAUCAGUUUUAGUAAUAACCACUACAUACUUUGAAGGUCUGUGGAAUCUACCCUUUCUUCAAGGAAGUUCACACGAAAGCGAUUUCUUUAAACUUGACGGAUCAACGAUGAACGUAAAGUUAAUGUAUAUGAAUUCCUCAUUUGAAACCUUCAGUUUACCACAUUUGAAAUCACGUGCUAUUAAGAUACCAUUUAAAGAUCCUAGAUUCUCAUUAUUGGUCAUUCUUCCAAACACAAAUGAUGGAUUAUCUGAGUUACUAGAUGCGUUACAUAGAGAUGAUGAAUUUUCAUCAAUUCUUUCUUCUAACUUUACGGAUACCAGUAUACACUUGUACUUACCAAAGUUCAAACUGAAGGAAGGCAAUGCUAUAAGCCUUGUAGGUUAUCUACAGAAAAUGGGAAUGAGAGAGGCUUUUUGUCCAGGAUCAGCUAACUUUACAAACAUGUCUGAAUCAAGUAAUUUAUGUAUACGAGAUAUACUCCAUAAGGCUAUUCUUGAAGUGAGUCGUAUAAAUUUUGUGUUUCUCAAUAAACUUCGUUGUUAGAUUGCAUUUACCUGUUAAUAUUGUGAAAUAAACUUGAAGCGCUGGUUGGUUGUAGCCAGUAUGGUUGAGAUUCGAUUUCUGUCUACUUGUUUAUACAGGAACUCAUACUUGCGAGUAAUGCGUUCUGCAAUUUCUUCGGAACCAUAUCUGCUAGUUUGAUGCGUAAGACUUAAUCGAAACAUUGAAUGUCAGCUUAACACCACUAACGUGCAUGACAAGGACGGACUUCAUUCAGAUAAUGUUUCUUGAUUUCUCACUCAACCUCUUUGUCAUGAAAUAACUUUAAAUAUAAUAGAAUCUGAGGAGUCAUGAGUGACAUCGGUAUUUCAGGAUAGUGUUACUUAUGGAAAGACGAUCUGUUUAGUUUGUCAAAAAACCACGACUAGCAGCAGCGUAACUUCAACGUACUCUAUUCGUCUCUUGGUGUUAGCGAUGGCAAUCCACGAAGAGUCACAGAAUGUUGUUAUGUUUGAGUGGUAAAUUCUGAUAGCCGUGUGGAAUAGUUGUGUUGAUCAGAAUGUUUGAGAAUCACUCUUGUAAUGGGUUUGUGUGAGGAUUUUAAAUCACAUCCAUUAAGGAGUCUACGAAAAUCCAUGCAACCACCUGAAGGCAUGUUAUUUUCAAUUACAUCGGUCGCUUUUCCACAGGCUUUUGUCAGUCUCUUGAAAAUACUUCACAUAUCAGUG